AUGUUCUUCAUCAUUUAUUUAAUUAUUUUAGUUAAAUUAAUUAAUGGUGAAAUCUCUAUUCGUCCACCAGGAAUUGGAAAGAAUAAUUCAAUAUAUAUUUUAAGUUUAAAUUCUCCUUUACAGUUAGAUUGUGAAGUUGAAUAUGGAGAUUUUGAUGAUAUAGAGGAUAUUAAUGCUUUGGAGUGGGUGAGGGGGAAAAUGAAAAUUGGAAAUAAUUGGUUGAGUAUAUACACACAACCAAAAAUUGAUGAAAAACGUCGCUGGCUUCGUCAAUCACUUUAUAUACCAAAAAUAACUGAACAAAAUUCUGGAGAAUAUAAAUGCUUAUUUUUUGAUGAUUUACAAAAAACAAUUAAUUUAUUUAUUUUAAAAAAUUUGGAAUGGAAAACAAAAACAAAUAAAAUAGGUGCACAAAUAGGGCAACCAUUAACAAUAAAUUGUGGGGCAGAAAAUAUUCCAGAUGAGGCAAUUCAAAUACUCGAUUCGAAAGGAAGGGCUAUUGAAGAAGUUUUGGAUGAAGUUGUGGUUACUGGGGCUGAAAUUACUUUAACUAAAAUUGGAAAAGAACAUAAAGGAUUAAAAAUUCGUUGUGUUGCUGUUCGCCCAAUAAAUUUAAAAAAUUUGGGAUUGAGUGAAGAUUUGGAUAUAAAUUCUGUUGAUUCUGUACAUACAGAUGAAUUAGAUUUAAUUAUUGAUGUUUGGAUUCCCCCAAAAUUUGACGAUCAUUUUUCUUCUUCCAAUCACCGUCAUUAUGCAAUUCCCGGCUCUAAACAAUUACUUCGUUGGACUAUUACAGAAUCUAACCCUCCAGUUAAAAUUUGGACUUUAAAUAAAGAUGGAGAAAUUUUAAUUGAAAAAGAAAAAAUUAAAAUAAUCCAAAAUUUAAAUGAAACAACAAAACCUUUUUUUGCUAUUUUGAUAGAAAAUGUACAGGAUGAAGAUUAUGGUCGUUAUACAUUAACAGCACAUAAUGGAAUAUUAGAAUCCCAACAAACACAAACACUCGUUAUUACACAGCCUCCUUCACAACCAAAAGUUUUUGUUGAUUGGGUAAGUAGUAAUGGUUCUGUUAGUUGGAGAAUAGAAGAACAAAAACAAAAUAAAAACCAAUUAAAUGUUGCUUAUUUUUGGAUUGUUUAUAAACAAAUUAGUAAAAGAUUACAACAACAACAACAAAUUAAUUAUUUUAAAGUAAAAAAUUUAUUUAAAAUUAAAAUUUUAAAGUAA